AUGAAAGCCACUGUGGGCCUGCUUCAUGACUACAACAAAAAAAAACCUGGAGCUCCCGAGGUCGGCACCACCGGUACUGGUAUUCUUUCCACAAGGAUGCUUAUCUUUUGUUGGCUUUGGCUCUUUGGGGCCCGCCUAGUAACCGCCCAAUUUCAAAGCAUCAUCCCAGAAGGAAAUGACCUGACAUUCACAAUCCACGUCCCUGAAACUACGGCAAACUCAGGAAAUGGGCCGAUCUUCUUUCAGAUGAAUUCUACCAGCCCGGUAAAAUGGUUCGCACUCGGACAAGGGACUGGAAUGAGCGGGGCCAACAUCUUCGUUGUGUACACAGCUGGGAGCAGCAGUGACAACGUAACAGUCUCGCCACGCCUCGGAAGGGGCCAUAUCGAGCCAGAACAUAAUCCGGAUGCAGAUGUCUCCGUGCUAAGUGGUAGUGGUUUCUUCGAUCAGCAAAGGAUCACGGCCAAUGUUCGGUGCGAUAGUUGUAUAAACUGGGCUCGGGGCAGUCUGGAUUUAACAAGCAGCUCGAGUCCGUGGAUCUGGGCUGUCAAAUAUGGGGAUCCGUUGAGUACGGAUAGCGUAUCGGCAGAGUUGACCGAGCACGACGACAAAGGAACUGCCACAGUCAAUCUGAAAAAAGCGACGGGUGCUUUGUCAACCGAUUCCGACUCGGGCGCCAACCCAUUUGCUGUUCUGUCGAGCGCAACGGUCACAGCGGCAGAAACCGAGAAUUCUGUUGAUGGGGAAAGUCUGAAAAAGAGACAAUUGGCCCAUGCGAUUUUAAUGAUUUUGGUCUUUGUGAUAUUCUUGCCGUUCGGGGCGCUGGCGCUCUAUGUUUUCCCAUCGACUAUUCUGACGCAUGCGGGUUUGCAACUCAUAAGCCUGGUCAUUGCAAUUGCAGGACUUGCAAUUGGACUCACACUGGCUCAAGAUCUGGAUCUGCUGCAUCACCACCAUCCCAUCAUUGGGAUGAUCGUGGUUGCCGGGUUGGUAGUUUUUCAACCCGCGAUGGGACUUUUGCAACAUCGGCAUUUCCGCAAAAGUGUGGGGGAUGGAAGUUCUGGGAAGGGGGUCUUUGCAUAUUUGCAUCGAUGGUUUGGCCGCAUAAUGAUCGUGUUGGGGAUCAUCAACAUGGGACUUGGAUUUCAAUUGACCGGGUUUCAGGAUCCAUACUCACCGCGAGGGGCAGUGAUAGCAUGCAGUGUUGUGGCUGGGAUAGUGGCAGUGUAUUUACAUCGCAAGUCUCUCCAUGACAAGCCCUCGGUUCAUAUCACCUAUGACGAAGGAAUACACAUUACCCGACAGUUUCUGUAUUAUGCCUCCAAGCACUCCGUCGAAGAUAUUCAAGCAUUCACAAGCCAAUGGGUCCCGAGUCCGCAUUGGGUAAGGACUGAGCCUGUAACUAUCCCCAAUGACGAGCUCUCGACUGCUGCACAAGCAAUUUCCAAGCAACUCGGUCCGAAAGGUAUCAAGCGGGUCGGCGGCGAAGAAUGGUGGCAAUGGCGAGGUCCAUCGGAGGACCUCAAGGGAGAGUGGAUCGAGAUGCGCAAUCAUCACAAUGAAAACAAGAAGGCCAAUGUCCGAAGUAAUCGCAUUAUGCUCUACCUUCAUGGUGGUGCAUACUACUUUGGCAGCGUAGACACCCAUCGCUACAUGAUGCAGCGCCAUGCGCGUAAGCUCAAGGGUCGCGUCUUUGCUCCGGAGUAUCGUCUUGCUCCCCAGUUCCCCUUCCCAUGCGCAUUACAAGAUUGCUUGGCAUCUUAUUUGUGGCUAUUGAAGCAUUACGACUCGAAGGAAAUCAUCAUUGCGGGCGACUCGGCUGGUGGAGGCAUGGCCCUGUCUUUAAUGGUUAUCAUGCGCGAUCAGGGGAUCCCCUUACCCGCCGGAGCGAUCCUAAUUUCCCCAUGGGUAGACCUCACCCACUCCAUGCCCAGCAUCGUCGAGGAUAACCCUGCCGAUUAUGUUCCUCCUUACGGAUUCCGCCACAAGCCAUCGACGGCUUGGCCACCUCCGAAUGCCGAUGAGAUUUUGAAAAUCAAACAGCUUUCCCACAAGCCUACUCUUACCGCAAAAGACGUGAAUGAAACAGUCCCAGCCCCUAACAGUAAUGCGGAGGAGACAGCAGUUCAUGGGUAUACACUACAUGAGAAGAAAUCGGUCGCCCCAGGACAUGCUUACCCCGGAAUGCAACAAAGCUCGGACCCUAACACCGUGCACGCCGAGCCGGAUAAUAUCCACAUUGUACUCGAGGGCAAGACGGUCGAACUGAAAGAUCAAAUCCAGAUGUAUACAACCAACCAGCUCAUUUCGCAUCCUUUGGUUUCCCCGAUUCUUCAACCAUCCUUAGGUGGUCUUCCCCCACUUCAGAUUCUCAGUGGCGGUGGUGAAAUGCUACGUGAUGAGCAUUUUUACAUUGCACACAAAGCCGCCAAUCCUACUGCCUACCCGCCGAGCGACGUCUACCUCGAUGAACACGACCCCAACCGAGAGAUUCUGAACAAAUAUGAGCCCACUUACGUGCAGUUCCAAGUUUGGGACAACCUGUGCCAUGUGGCACCGACUUUUAGCUUUAGUCGGCCAGCCAAGUAUAUGUUCCGAGUUAUCUCACAAUUCGGUUCCUGGGCACUCGCCCGGGCCCAAAACACCGAGGUGGAAAUUGUCGACGAGAGUCAGUUCUCCCCGGUGUCCUCCAGUGGGUCGGAAGACGCCUCAAGCUCCGGUCCUCACGAUGGUGCAAAGAUCCCUAGAACAGAUACGGGGAUCUCUUAUGUUGGAAGAGCAGGAGAUCCCUUGCCCGCCUUCUCCCACCAUAUGUUGCGUGAGCGGGUUGAUAAGCGAGGGCGUACUUAUCCAUUGGAUCCGCCAUCAUCCUAUCCUAUUCUCGAUACCCCUCCUGAUAAAGUUGGCGCAAUUAACCCGAAGCUUAUCUCAAAGUGGCUUGCUGCGAAGCAUGAAUGGGAUAUGAAGUUUUCCAAGGAGAAACUCCGGGUUCAGGGCCGACGUAUCAAAGAGAUGGCACAUGGAUUACAGGAUUUCAACGGUGAAUGUCCUCCACCAAGCUCCUUGGCUGCUAGACGGGCUGCCCCUGGCGUACUUCCCAGACGUCAUGCCAAGAAGAACUAUGGAUUGAUGUUAUGGAGUGGCUGGGGUAGCAAGCACGAUGAGCGGACUAUGGAAAAAGAGCAACAAGCUCAACAAAUUGGUCGUCGCUCCACCCGUACGAGUGUGGAUGCUGGCCAAGCAGGUUCAUAUACGAGCACGCCCGCGAAGAACCAAGAUGCUCAUGCCAACAAAACUUCACAGGCUGCCGCUGCCGGUGCAGGUGUUGUCACUUGGGACACUGCCAGUGAACAGAAGCAAUCCAAUAGGGAUUUCACAUCUGGGCGCAUUUCUAGUGACCCAGAAACUGCUUCUCGUCCACUUUCGCAGAAAAGUGGUGGUCCGAUCCUCAUUUUACCUGAGGUUGACAACCACAAGCUGCAAGACGACAGCGCAAGUACAAGAGCUCUUUUCCAUGCUGCGAUGACCUCAAAUGCUUCACUGCCUUACUUGAACGGUCGGCCAUCUUCAGUAGCCGGUCGCAGCGAAUUCCUAUCCGACGAUGCUAGUACCAUUGGUGGCGAAAAGGAUGUCGGCAUCAUCCCCAAUGGCAUCGCUCCAGACACGGCUAGCACCAGGGCUGUAAGGAACGUCAGGGGUGUCAGUGACGUCGUUACCACCAACGAAGCCGGACGCUUCUCGACCGAGACAUCAUCACUGCGCCCUGGGCUCUCAGUUGACGAGCCCCGGAAUUCAACCUUCUGUUGUCCGGAUAUGCCUGAUCGCGAAGUUUUCAAGACUGCCGAUGAACAACUUUAA